AUGGAGCCCGACAAGGACAACGCCAACCCAACCAUCCUCAACGCCUCCGACCUGCCGUCGCGCCGCAGAGAGUCUUCGGUCAAGCAGCGCGAAGAUGGUGGCACCGGCCUGUUCGACCAUCUGAUACCGCACUACAACUACCUGAGUGACCCCUUCGAGCGCCCCGUCUCAGCAAGCGACUCGGAUGACGACUCUGUCGAGGACAUUGAUGAACAGGAGAUUUACGACCUCAUCUCCUCCAUUUCUGACCCGGAGCAUCCGCUGUCGCUCGGCUCGCUCGCUGUCGUAAACCUACCCGACAUCCGCAUCCUCCCCCCCUCGUCGCCCCAUUCCACCAUUAGCACCGUCGUCGUCGAGAUCACCCCCACAAUCACGCACUGUUCGCUGGCCACCGUCAUCGGUCUUGGGGUGCGAGUGCGGCUCGAGCAAGCCCUGCCACCUCGCUUUCGUGUUGACGUUCGUAUCAAAAAGGGGACUCACAGCACUGACGAAGCAGUGAACAAGCAGUUAGGGGAUAAGGAGAGGGUUGCAGCGGCACUGGAGAAUGGAACCUUGAUGGGCGUGCUGAGGAAAAUGCUGUCGACCUGUGAAUGA